AUGUCCAUUGAAAGCGUCCACGAGAACGAGAAUACAAGUCAUCGACCAUCAACUUCACUUGAGAAGGCAGUGCGUCCUCUUCAACCAUUGACAGUACCACCUACACGAUAUUCGGAUCUACUUUUGAAUGACAUGAGUAUGAUGGUUCAUGACGUUGAUACGUGGUCACGUUCAUCUCACUAUGCAUCGCAACCUCCAUCUCAUUUAUCUGGACCUCCAGCGAUGCUUACACGUCACAUGUCGAUGCCUGGACGUCCUAUGCCUCCAAUGCAAUAUCCAUCAUCAUUUGAGAUGAAUAUGCCAGUACCAUUAUCACGUCAUCAAAGUCAAGGGUUUAUGGCAUCAGGAUAUCAAGCAGCUAUGAAUGUACCGAUGCCUCCACGUCAAGUUCAUGUGAAUGAAAUGCAACAUUUACUUGAAAUUAGUCUUGGGAAUCAACAACCAUUACAAUAUCCAAUGUCAUCGCAUUCAAUGAUAAAGUCUGCAAUGAAUGUCGAACCAAUUUCAUUCACAUCGACCGAUCGGACUUCAAAACUUGCUAUGGAUGACAUUGAUCCACUUACGUAUGUGAUCUUUGACAAUUCAACUACUUCACUCAAGUCAGAACCAUUACAAGAGUUACAUCCACUUGAAUCGGCUUUUGAUUCACUUGAUCGUCUACUUCCUGAAAUGGAACGUGAAAUGCUCUUUCGAAUGCCUGAGAUGGAUCAAUUACCACACAAUACUAUUGUGCCAAAAUGUACGACCAAGUCACCGAAGAAUGUUGCCAUGUGUAAAGUUACAGAGUGUCAACGUCGUGUGCGUUCAAAAGGAUUUUGCAAAAGUCAUGGAGGUGGACGGAAAUGUAGUAUUGAAGGAUGUAAAAAAUCGAGUCAAAAUGGAGAUUUUUGCAUUGGACAUGGUGGAGGUAAAAAGUGUAAAGAAGAUGGAUGUGCGAAAGCCGCGCAAUCGCAUGGAUUGUGUAAGGCACAUGGUGGUGGAGCUCGUUGCAAGUUUCUUGACUGUAAUAAAAGUUCACAAGGUGGUGGACUCUGUCGAGCACAUGGUGGUGGCAAACGAUGUCAAGCAGCGGGAUGUCCAAAAGGUGCACAACGUGGCAACUUUUGUGCCACACAUGGUGGCUUUCGCAAUUGUAAAAUUGAAGGAUGUGUGCGUACAGAUCGUGGUGGUGGGUUUUGUGAAGUACAUCGACGUGGUCGUCUUUGUAAGGUUAAAGGUUGCAAGAAAUUAUCACGAAACCAAGGAAUGUGUACGAUGCAUAUUCGAGAAGACAAACAAGUGGUACAUGAGGCAGAUUCAUCGUACAAUCCUAUGACACUCUGA